GCGACAACUUCAGUUAGCGCUUCCAUCAUAACCUCGGGUUGCAGCUGGAUAUGUGAAAAAUAGUCUUUUUUUUAUGCGUGUAUUUUGUCAUAGGGAGCUGAGAUAACAAGGAUUGAACUAGUUGGUAUAAAGAGCGGUAAUAGUUCAAGCAAGACGAGUGCAUAAUGGCUAUUAGAAAAAAUGGCGCAAUCUAUGACGUCAGUUGGUGUCCUUUGUACUGCAGAACCAUUCGUCUGCUUUUCUCUUUCGACGAAUAUCUGUUUACAAGAUGGCGAGUGUAGCGAUGGUCUAGGUUGCUGUUGCAGCUGCCGUAUUUUGAGUAAAAAUUUUGUGAAUCUGCCGGACAAAUUAAAGUGUAAGGUCAACUCGUAAACGGGCAGCCCGUGUGGGAUUGUGCUGAGUGUAAAUAGAAUUUAAUGAAUUCCGGGUACGGUCAGACCCGGGUUUCCGCCGCUACGGGCGGCGGCCCCGGCAGAGGCGGCAGUGUUAAAGAAGAUUUUGGGCCCCGCGGCGGUGGGGGCCAGCCAGCACCCCCAUCUCCUGGAGGUGGUCACGGCGCUCCGAGUGGUGGACAGUGUCAACGUUUAAAGGUUGAAGAUGCCCUUUCAUAUCUUGACUUGGUCAAGUACAAGUUCGGCAGUCAGCCGCAUGUAUACAACGACUUUCUAGACAUCAUGAAAGAAUUCAAAUCACAGAGUAUUGAUACCCCAGGUGUUAUUCAGCGAGUUUCGAACCUUUUUCGCGGACAUCCUGAGCUAAUUGUUGGUUUUAACACCUUCCUCCCGCCUGGUUAUAAGAUUGAGUUGCAGGGCAAUGAACAAGUAAAUAUCUCUAUGCCUGGCAGCACAGUAUCACAUACGAUACAUCCCGAUGGACCCCCAACUCCAAAUCUACCACCGCCUCGCAGCCCCACUCAGGCGCCGGUUGAAUUCAAUCAUGCUAUCAAUUACGUAAACAAGAUCAAAAACCGCUUUGCGUGCCAGCCCGAUGUCUACAAAAAAUUUCUUGAUAUUCUACACACAUACCAAAAAGAACAGAAGAGUCGCGACGCCGGUGGCUCGUUGUCCGAAUCUGAAGUGUAUCAGCAGGUCGCAGCUCUUUUUGAAGAUCAGGAUGACUUACUGCAGGAAUUUGGGAAAUUCCUGCCUGACGCAAAUGGAGCUGCGACGGUGUCAUCUGUUGAGUUUAGUAAAGUAACCUCGCAUGUGUUGUAUCAAAUGCGUAACAUAACGCAGGAAAAGCCAAGGCCGGCAAUCGCACAGGCCCAGCCAACGCAGUUACCAGUAAAGCAGGCGCGCAGUAGUUCCCAAAUUAAUUCAUCCAGUACUGGCAGCGCUCCGCCUGUCAAGCGAACCAAGUUUAGUAAAGGAGAAAUCACGAUUAGUGACGCCGGCAAGCAUGGCACACUUAAGGAGUAUGCCUUCUUCGAGAAGGUUCGGAAAGCUUUGCGAAAUCCCGAAGUGUACGAAAAUUUUUUACGUUGCCUCAAUCUCUACAAUCAGGAAGUUGUGUCUAAAUCCGAACUAGUACACCUUGUAACGCCUUUCCUUGGAAAGUUUCCAGACCUAUUCAAGUGGUUUAAAGAUUUUAUUGGUUUCAAAGAUUUUGCCCCAAUUGUUGAAAGCCAAUUGAACAGUGGUGCCCAAGCAAGUAACGACACAUCUUCAAAUCAGCCAAAAAUAUGCCCUCCUGAAGAGAUUGACUAUUCAGCUUGCAAGCGCUACGGUGCAUCAUAUCGAGCGCUGCCCAAAAAUUACCAACAACCGAAAUGCUCAGGUCGAACACCUCUUUGUCGCGAGGUUCUCAACGAUACAUGGGUCAGCUUUCCGUCAUGGAGCGAGGACUCAACGUUCGUGAGUUCGAAAAAGACGCAGUUUGAGGAGCAUAUUUAUCGCUGUGAAGACGAGAGAUUUGAACUUGAUAUUGUGAUUGAAGCAAACCUCGCAACCAUACGCGUACUUGAGACUGUACAGAGACGUAUCAAUCGUAUGGGGCCUGAAGAGCGGUCGAAAUUUCGCCUUGAUGAGAAUCUUGGAGGCACGUCCGCUACGAUUCACCAACGUGCGAUUCGAAGAAUCUAUGGCGACAAGGCUGGCGACCUGAUCGAAGGCCUCCGAAAAAAUCCUGUUGUUGCAGUAGGCAUUGUACUCAAGCGCUUAAAAAGCAAGGAAGAAGAAUGGCGUGAGGCUCAAAAAGCUUUCAACAAUGUCUGGCGUGAGCAAAUGGAUAAAUACUAUCUUCGUUCGCUUGAUCAUCAAGGAAUGACCUUCAAGCAAACAGAUUCGAAGACAAUCCGCUCCAAGAAUUUACUCAACGAAAUUGACACCGUUUAUGAAGAGCGGUGUUCAAAAGAGAACCCUUCACCGGGUUCACACCUUCAACUGCAGUAUCCAGCGCACUGGGAGAUGAUCGGUGAGGCAUCGAAUUUGAUCAUACAUUACGUGCGAAGGCAGUCUGGUGUUAAUAAGGAAGAUAAGCAGCGCAUUAAGUGGCUUGUGCGUCGCAUACUCCCAGAGAUGUUAAAUCUAAAAGCUGAGGACAUGUCGGAUGAUGAAGGUUGCGAACAGGAGGUAGUCGAAGAGCUAGGGUCGAUACCAAGCGACGACACAGCACACGCCAUGUAUCUUGAGAACAAAAAAGCAGAUGAUUCGUACGCAAUGUUCAUGGCCGACAGUCACUGGUAUCUGUUUCUGCGGCUACACCAUAUACUAUGUGAGCGACUUGCAAAAAUCAACCGAUAUGCACAGAUAUUGCUCAAAGAGGAAGAGAAAGAUAAGUCUGUCCGAAAAGAUUCUGUUGUUACAGCUUUGCGCCUGAAACCACAGCAGCAGGUACCUGUGGAAGAAUAUUUCAGUACGUUUGUUGAAAUGAUCAAGCAGUUGUUAGAUGGCCAACUGGAUAGCUCACAGUUCGAAGAUCAGUUACGUGAGCUGUUUGGAAUCAACGCGUAUCAUGCGUUUACGUUGGACAAGGUUGUGCAGAAUGCUACACGUCAGCUGCAACAUCUGGUUUCAGACGAAACAUCACUUGCGUGCACUCGCAUGCUACAGCAGUACCGUAAGGUAGGUGGAGCAGGGGGCGCGUGUUCUACAACGGCAAUGCGAGCCUCAACUGAGAACCAUUAUCAGAAUGCUGGCGAAAAAGAAAUGGCUAAUGAUUGCUGCUAUAAGGUGUUCAUCUACCAUCAGGAGGCGAAAGUGACGUUCGAGUAUAUCGACACCGAGACGAAUGAAUCGAAUGACAACUCAGCGGCGGGAGACGUCGAAAAGUGGGCAGAGUUUGUUGACAAAUCUAUGGAAGAUUCGGAGGAACUCCGCGAGCGUCUAGCGAAAAAGCCUGUUUUUUUGCCGAGAAAUGCACGCCGCCGACGAACUGCUCAUGCGAGCGCCAUCGAAAAAGACGAUGAUGUACGCAAAGCGAGGAACGAAAGCGAAGCUACAGGAUCAAGUGCAUGCAAACUCGAAUUAGCAAAUUAUAAGAGUGUAUUUGUUGUACAAAAUUCUGGCUUACUGUAUAAUCAGGCAUCACGACGAAAGGCACGUGAUGGAGCCCGACAAGUAUCGCUCAAAUUGAAAAAGCGUUUCGAUACGUGGCAUCGACAGUGGCUAAGUAACAAUGCCACGUCACAACAGGUAGACCAAGCCGAACGUUGGAUGCAAGAGGGCUGUCGAAAAGAAUCACAGCAGCCUGGCGCCGCUGGAAAACCGCCCCAUUACACCUAUCAUAAGUAUCGCAAGGCUCAGUAGUAGGCCCAACAAAAUGGUGUGCUACGAAAGGUUUAAACAAAAAUAAUAACAAUUGGAAAAACAGCGAGAAAAACAUAAGAGAAAUGAAUUGUGUCAUUUGGUUAAGAGAAAAGCCAUGUUAAUAAUGAUGAUGGACGGCCAACGGGAAACGAAAUCGAUGAAGAUAGAAGUAACAUACCAGCCAACCACUUAUCCAGCAAGAACAGAAACACAUUGACUGACGAAUCAGUAAAGUUUAACAUUAUUAUUCAUAUACAUACAUACAUAUAUAUAUAUAUAUAUAUAUGUGUAUGUAUAUAUAUAUAUAUGUAUAUAUUAGAGCUGGACUAUUACAUUAUGAUUGCCCUUAUGAUUUGCAUUAUGACAUAAACUAGUUUAUUCAUUACCCCCCACCGUAUCCUCCUCAUCAGCAACAAUAGUAAUGUUUAUAUUGGUAUAUAUUGGUAUUAGCUUGGUGACUUUCCUUCCCUCUCUCGUGCAUAGUAAUACCUUAUCAUAAUAAUCGCAGUGAUGAUGACUCAUUUCAUACAUUUUGUCUAUUUGUUCGUUGUUAGAGAAUGUCAGUGGAACAGGUUAUAUCGAUAGAUAUGUAAAAUCAUCUAUGUUUUUAUGUAUCGAUUGAAAUGGUCGAAUACAAAUAACGUGCCGCAUAUAGUUAAUAUGUUUAAGCAAAAAAGUAACUGAUUGAACCAUGGAAAUGCGAAAACGACUGAAACGUCCCGAUACAGGAAAACGGUCCUUCGCUGAUGUAUUCAACUUUGUUAUUACUAUUUAUUACAAUUAGUCAAGGCGAUGCCGGAAAGCUGCGGAUCAAUAGACAUGCAGCAUGUGUGGACCUCCUUCUGUAACAAUCUCUUCUGAACACGCUGUAGGAAAAUAUAAUAAGGAACGUUGCUGUUAAUAAAAAAACUGAUGAGUGACGUUCUUUUCUAGCAACUGGAAAAUAACGGUAACAAAAGUCUAUGGUGUGUAUUUGAUUAUAAAGAAACAAGAGUAGAAUGCAAAUAAAAAAAAAGGAAAACAGAAAGCAAGGGGAACAAACCCAUUGAAAAAUGGCCCAGUAGCGACCCAAUGGCAUAUGUUUAUAUGUACAUACAGAUACAUACCUAUAUACAUAUAUUGUAGAGCUUCUGUCUAAUGGUGCAAAGGAGAGAUUGAGGGAGAAGCACAAGUGGCGAAAAUGAAUGAGUGAAGUUCAUAGGGUAAGGUACUGCUAAAUGGAAGAAAGGCAGAUUGUAGAAGAAUGAAGGCUUAACUAAAACAAAGAGAAAAUUGCAUAUGAAAUGUCAAUUCGCAGCGACUGAUAUAAAGCCGACGAGAGUUUCACAAUAAUUUCUUUUCAAGUGAAGAAGAAAUCCAACAAUAUAGUGUUCAACAAUAUAUAUAAUGUUCAUAAGCUUCCGAAAAGAUAACGAGCAAAUAAGUAUCUCUCAUCGCCGUCCCGGCCCAUCCAUCCGUUCGCCCAUGACUAAUUCCUAUCCCAUCGCGCACACAUCUUUAUCAUGUUUAAACCUUGUUGAAAGAAGAAAUUGGAAACCAAAAACGCACAGAAUAGAUGAACAUAAAGCAUUGUAGUUGCUAGCUAGUUGGAAAAGACUUUGGAAUGUUCACGACGCGGACGGCGGUGAUGUUAUGUUUAAGAGAAGUAAUAACUAACAGAGUUAGGGAGGAAAGUAUUCUACUAGUUUAUA